AGGGAAUCGCUGGGAGUCCCGGGAGGCGGUAAAGCCCGGAGCCUGGAGCCUGGGCCUCGGGCUCGAAGCGAAUCUCAAGGCCCCGGGCUCGGCUCAGCCUCGGCUACCGCGUGUCACCCCGCCCGGGCUGGGGCCUCGGCUCUCAGGCUUCUCUCCUCCCGCCGCCGAGAUGCUGCGGUCCGUCUGGAGCUUCGUCAAACGCCACAAAAGGAAAUUCCUCUUCACCGGAGCCGUGCUGGGAGGUGUGUACUUGCUAGGGAAGUAUGCUCAAAAGAAGCUCCGGGAUCUACAGGAGCGAGAAGCAGCUGAGUACAUCGCACAGGCGCGACGGCUGUGUCAUUUUGAGAGUAACCAACGGACUUGUAACAUGACUGUGCUAUCAAUGUUGCCAACCCUGAGGGAAGCAAUUGUGCAGCAGCUGAAUUCAGAAAGUCUGACUGGCCUGCUGAAAAACAGACCUGCCAACAAGUUGGAGAUAUGGGAGGAUCUCAGGAUCAUAAGUUUCAGCAGGAGCAUUGUAGCUGUGUAUAGCACCUGCAUGCUGGUGGUCCUCUUACGAGUUCAAUUAAAUAUCAUUGGAGGAUAUAUCUAUCUGGACAAUGCCGCAGUUGGCAAGAAUGGCACUGCUCCUUUAGCUCCCCCUGAGGUACAGCAGCAGUACCUGUCGAGUAUACAACACCUCCUUGGAGAUGGUUUGAGUGAACUAAUUACAGUGGUGAAGAAAGCUGUGCAGACUGUGAUUGGAAGUGUGUCGCUGAAGCAAUGUGUGUCACUGCAGGAGCUGGAACGGUAUCUGGGUGAGAUUCGACAGCUGGUGGAGCACCACAGUCAGUCCGGUCAGCGAGAGGCCGACACCAGCAAGUCCCCACUGUGUUCGUAUUUAAUUCCCAAUGAAGAGAGCACAUUAGCCUCCCAGGCCUGUGGUUUGACAGAGAAAGAUGUAACCACAUUGAAGUUGCUAAAUGAAACCAGAGAUAUGCUGGAAAGUCCGGACUUCAACACGGUUUUAAAUUCCUGCUUGAAUCGGGGAUUUAGCCGACUGCUCGACAACAUAGCAGAAUUCUUCAAGCCAACAGAAGAAGAACUGACGCAAAAUGGAAAGGUCAACAGUUUGUCCAACAUUAGACUUCCCCUCGCUAAAAUCAUCCCGAUUAUAAACGGGCAGAUACAUUCAACCUGCAGCGAGACAUCCAGCCAUUUUGUUCAGGACCUGCUGCUGAUGGACCAGGUGAAGGACUUUGCUGCCAACGUCUACGAAGCAUUCAGCUCCCCUCCUCAGCAACUCGAGAAGUGACCCUCAGCCAGCAAUUCUCAGCACAAUGAGGGGCACUCCAGACCGAUCUCAUUCCCCCCACGUUUCCUGAGAUGGCAUGAAGUGCUUCCUCUCAGUCCUGCAACGCUCUGGUGAUGGAGGUGCCAGUGCCUGUAUUUGCCACCUUGUCACUCGUGGCUAUGUGACUUUAACCGUCUCUGAAUCUUUACAGACAUGAUUACAUUAAUCUGCCUGUAAUUAUUUUGUAUCAUACUGUUAUUUGUAUCAUUGUAUUGUAGAUUAUAAUGUGUGCAUCUGGAUUCAGGAUUCUUCAGGUAGUGUGGGUAAAUAUUUUUACUGCAGGAAAUUCCAGUUCAGAUUCUAACUAAUUAUGUGAACAGUAAUAUAUGUUGCCAGCUGGCAUCUCUUUCCGGAAUGUUAAUAGUUUGAUUUUUUUUGCCCACAAACUUCCUUGUUUUAGUAGUAUAUAGUAUUAAAACAAUGAACAAUAAGGCCAUUUUGUUGAUCAAGUCGCAUCAUUACAAAAAUGGAGGUGGUAACGUGUUCAGGGAAUAAAACAUACUAAAUAUUUUAUGAAACUUAUUGUUGUGGAUGUUGCUGGUAAAACCAGAAUCUAUUGCCCAUCCUAAUAGUUUGUGGUGAACUUUUGUAGAACAGUUUGCGUUAGCUGAGCGAUUUACUUAAGAAAGCAGUUAAACGUUAGCCAGGAUGGAAUGGGAAUUGUCAAAUUGUCAAAUAGGUCUUUUCCCUGAGGUGGGGGGGGUCCAAACUCAGAGGGCAUAGGUUUAAGGUGAGAGGGGAAAGAUUUAAAAGGCGCCGAGGGGCAAUCUUUUUUCAUGCAGAGGGUGAUGGUGCGUGUAUGAAAUGAGCUGUUAGAGGAAGUGCUGGAGACUGGUACAAUAACAACAUUUAAAAGUGGUCUGGAUGGCUGUAUGUAUAGGAAGGGUUUAGAGGAAUAUGGGCCAAAUGUUGGUAAAUGGGACUGGACUUAUUUAGGAUACCUAGUUGACAUGGGCAAGUUGGACCAAAGUUGUUCCUGUGUUGUAUAUUCUCUAUGUCUCUAUAUAGGCCAGAUUAGGUCAAACGGUAUUUGCUUCGCCAAAGAACACUAUUUAGCCAGUUAGGUUUUUACUGGAGUCCAUCAACUUCAAGGUCAUUUAUUCAAAUUCAGUUUGAUUUAUUGAUCUGGCAUGAACUCGGGCUGGUCUGUUCGAUUAUAAUUUACAGCUCUGAAUCAUGUGUACAAUGUUUUGUCACCAUUAUUCUGGAUGGAGGGGUUGUCUUAUGAGGGAAGGCUAAAUAGUUUGGGGCUCUGCACUCCAGAAUUUAGAAGAUUGGGAGAUGAUCUCAUUAAAGAAUGGGAAGUGAUUUCAUUGAAGUAUUUAGCAUUCUUAAAAAGCUUGAUGUUGGGCGGACGUUUCCCCUCAUGGGACAGUUUGAUGAGUGGGCAUUGUCUCAGAGUAAAGGGACUCCAAUUUAAAAUUCAGAUGAGACAAAAUUUCUUCUCUGAGAGGAUUGAGGGGUUUUGGAGCUCCUUGCCGCAGAGAGAGUUGUGGGGGCAGAGUCCUUGUGUGUAUUGAAAUCCGAGAUAGAUUCCUGAUCAGUCGGAGAAUCAAGGGUUACAGGAAAAGGAAUGUCAGAUUAGCCACAAUCCUAUUGAGUGGCAGAGCAGAUGUGAGGGGCUGAAAUGCCUACUUCUGUACCUCUUUCUUAUGGCUUCUGUACCCCUCAUCCAAGAUGUUCAAAAAAAUGGUCACUAAGGCUUAAAUAUAGUGAAGGUUUUAAAAGGGUGCAAAUUUUAAAAAGGCGAAGCCCAUGGGGUUAUGGACCAGAACAGACCCCUCAAAAUAUUUUAGGAAAGUAGCCUAGAUCCUAACUUUUUCUUAUUUUAAAGAUGAAUGUACAACGUCUGUUCCAUGUGCGACUGGUCAAACUACAUGAUAUUAAGCAAAACAAUUUAUUUUAAACACUUAUUUUAACUAUGCAAAAGAAAGAAUUUGAAUAACUUUAUUGGAAACUUUAC